GUCAACCAGUUUCCGAACGCAAUGCAAGUCUGAACAACGGAGAUCCAUCGCUCGGUCGGCGAAAAAAUCAAAAAAUUCCACCAUAUUUGCUGUGAAUAAUUAUUCAACGUUGAAUUUUGUUUACUUGUGCGGUGCCAGCGAAAUACAACAGUGGCUAAGGUGACGCCGUUCCCGAGUAUGUCUUAUUCCGCUAGGAAUAAGUUCGAGAUAGCCCGAUUUUCGGGCGAAGAUGACAACCACAUAAACAAGAAACUGCCAAAAGAAUUACUUCUACGGAUACUCUCCUACUUGGAUGUGGUUUCACUGUGUAGAUGUGCACAGGUGUCAAAACUAUGGAAUGUGCUGGCACUAGACGGCUCAAACUGGCAACGAAUAGACUUAUUUGACUUCCAAACUGAUGUAGAGGGUCCAGUAAUAGAGAACAUAUCCCAGCGCUGCGGGGGCUUCCUCCGACAGCUGUCGUUGCGCGGCUGCGAGAGUAUAGCUGACGGCUCCAUCAAGACUUUAGCGCAGUCAUGUCCAAACAUAGAAGAGCUGAACCUCAACAAGUGCAAGAAGGUGACGGACCAGUCCUGCCAGGCGCUGGGCAGGAAAUGCAGCAAACUACAGAAAAUGAAUCUAGACUCCUGCCCCAGUAUAACAGAUAUAUCAUUAAAAGCGUUAUCAGACGGAUGUCCGCUACUGACACACGUGAACGUGUCGUGGUGUCAGUCCAUCACAGAGAACGGAGUGGAAGCUCUAGCGAGGGGGUGCCCCAAACUUAAAAGCUUUAUAUGCCGAGGUUGCAAAAACGUAAACGACAAGGCAGUAUCGUGUCUCGCCACCUACUGUCCCGACUUAGAAGUACUAAACGUACAGGGCUGUGAGAAUCUAACAGACGAGUCGAUAUCGAAGCUGGGCGGCGCCAUGCGGCGGCUGUGCGUGUCGGGCUGCUCGCUGCUCACGGACGCGUCGCUGUCGGCGCUGGCCGCCAGCUGCCCCGAGCUGGUGACGCUGGAGCUGGCGCAGUGCGCGCACCUCACGGACGCCGGCUUCCAGGCGCUGGCCAGGAGCUGUCGUAUGCUGGAGCGGAUGGACCUGGAGGAGUGCGUGCUCAUCACGGACGCCACGCUGGUGCACCUCGCCAUGGGCUGCCCCAGGUUAGAGAAAUUGACGCUGUCGCACUGCGAGCUGAUAACGGAUUUCGGCAUCAAGCAGUUGUCCAUGUCGCCGUGCGCUGCCGAGCACCUCACCGUACUUGGUCUGGACAACUGCCCGCUGGUGACGGACGGCGCGCUGGAGCACCUCAUCUCGUGCCACAACCUGCAGCUCAUCGAGCUCUACGACUGCCAGAUGGUCACCAGGAAUGCGAUACGCAAGCUGAGGAACCACUUGCCCAACAUAAAGGUGCACGCAUACUUCGCGCCCGUCACCCCGCCCGUGGCCGGCGGCGGCGCGCGCCCGCGCUACUGCCGCUGCUGCAGCAUCAUCUGAGGCCGGGGAUGCACUACCACUGAACCUGUAGCGAGCUGUACACGUAUGAUCAGUUGGACCGUUGGAAUGUAUGCACGUCUUAUGAGAAACUUCGCCGUAUUAAUAGAUGUUGCUGUAUAACGAAUUUGUAAAAUUGAGAACAUAUUUGAGGAUUUUUUUUAUUCUUUACAAGUUAGCCCUUGACUACAAUCUCACCUAAUGGUAAGUGAUGAUGCAGUCUAAAAUGGAAACGGGCUAACUUGUUAAGAUGAGGAUGAAAAUCCACACCCCUUUCGGUUUCUACACGACAUCAUACCGGAACGCUGAAUCGCUUGGCGGUACGUCUUUGCCGGUAGGGUGGUAACUAGCCACGGCCGAAGCCUCCCACCAGCUAGACCUGGACCAAUUAAGAAAAUCUCAAUCUGCCCAGCCGGGAAUCGAACCCAAGACCUCCGUUUUGUAAAUCCACCGCGCAUACCACUGCGCCACGGAGGCCGUCAAAAAAUACACUUUAAGUAAUUUAAUAUCACGUGUCUCAAACGGUGAAGGAAAACAUCAUGAGGAAACCUGCAUACAUGAGAAUUUUCUUAAUUCUCUGCGUGUGUGAAGUUCGCCAAUCCGCAAAACCCCUCUCAUCUGAUAGGCGACUCGAGCUCAGCAGUGAGCCGAAUGUGGGUUGAUAAUGUGUGUACCGUCUAUUAAAUACAGAUGUUAGCUUCACAAACUAAGACGCUCAGAUACCUACAUUUAAUUAUCCAUAUAACGACAAAGUCCCUAUAACGUCGAAAUUACUUGCCUGUGGAUUAUUUAUCUUCCUAUUAAAACGAUUAUUUGCUACUUUAACGUCAACUCUAAAUAACAAUCACGGCUCAUAUAAACGUGGAUUAGGAUUUAAAGCUCAAAUUUAUUCAAAGUAAAUUGAACUUUAAUUAGUAGUGAUUAAGUCCACUUUACUUUGAAGAAAAAUGAGGUUUAAUUGUUUUAUGAAUAUGGGGUUAAAUGUUAAGUUUACACUCUAUGUUGCGCUAUUCUGUAUAUUUAUAAACCUCGACAGGGUUACUGCCCUAUUGACAAAAACGGUCAAGCGAUUUAGCGUUCCGGUACGAUAGCGUAUAAAAACAAUGUAGAAUUGAAUAAAAGAAAUAGUGCAAUACUACAUAGUCACUUACCAUUUAGUGACAUCGCAGUUAAACGCUAAUUUGUCACCGCAUUUUGAAAAGCCUUACUCAUGUGCGACUAAUCUUAAAAACUUCUAAAACUUAACCAUAAGUUUGUUCGCGAAACGCAAUGGAUGCCUUCCAGAUGACGAGAACGUGGUCGGGAACUUAUUUGAAAAAUAAUAAUGUGAACUUUAAAAUCGAUUUCAUAUUAAAUCGAUUAUUUAUUCGACUUGUGUUAGGGUGAUUAUACAUUAGUGUAAUUUAGUUUAAAUAUAUGUUGAAAAAUAUGUUUAGGAACAUUUUUUUACUAACUCUUGUGGUAAACUAUUUUAAUUUAAUUAAAAUUUAAAAAAAAAACGCAUUUUUAACAAUAACUUAGUAAAAAAUAGGUUAAGACCUCACUAACGAAUUUUUGUUGUGUAACUCUUAAUCACAAUGUGACGUCACGCCUUUCAAUGCGAAGUUUCGUUGUUGCGACUUUUUUGUCGCGCGACAGUCGCUAGUGUGUAAAAUUUACCGACGUAAUUGUAUGACGCUUACAUUAGAUAGUUUAAGGUUUAGGUGACAAUAUUAAGUUAAAUUCAAGUUAAUUCACCUUACUAUGUUGUAAUAAUCAAAUGUCAAAAUUCGUUAAUUCAUUAAUAACAUAAAUAAUAAUCAAAUGUCAAAAUUCGUUAAUCCAUUAAUAAUUCUUUUUGAAUUGUCAAUUUUUUACAUUUUGACGUGAUUGUAAAUUAAAGUUAAAUUAAUUUAUGAGUUGUGAUUUAAAUAAUUAUGUAUUAUAUUUUGAAUUAAUCUGAAACCAUAGCAGAAUCAAAUGUAACAUAAGGUAAUUUUCAACGUUAGAAAUGUGUUAAAAUACAUUACAUAAAAUGCAUACUUAAAUUAUCAUAAAAUACAUAAAUCUCCAUAGUAUCUCAUAAAAAACAUAUUUUGCAAAUUUGGCAUUAACUUUCUCAAUGUAAUAUCGACUUUAUGUCUUUGUCGUAAAGUCGUUUAUUGUUCUGUCUGACACUUGGCACCUCCACACAUUAACAAUUUGUGUUUGUGUGGGUGGGUAUGGUUAUACAAACACAGUGUAAGAGUUGCCAGAUUAAAGAAUUUACGUACUCCUUAGGGUAUUCAAGUAUAGACGAGUUUAACCAUUUAAAAUUUAUUAAUUUAAAAUAUUUUAGGUUCAUUUUGCUCUAUUUUUACGGAAUUUCGCAUAGAUUUCAAAUCUAUACUGUUGUAAUGAUAUCAAAAUUGGUUUUAUUUUUGAAAAAGGCAAAAAUAAGUAUAGCCUGAAUUUGGACAACCGAAAUUAGGUCGGAGCUAUUUAUAAUUUAUUAUUAUUAAUAAUAAGUUCUGUUGAAGCAAUUAGUGUGAUAUAUUAGUGAAAAUAAUUUAAUUAUUGUUAUUAUACCAGCGACACGCUACGAGGGCCAUUUUAAGUUUUACGCUCAUGAAGCUUCGUUAAAUUAAUGAUUACGUACGUAACUACUGAAGACAUAAUAAUAUAUCACGUUAUGGUAUUUUUUUUGUCAAAUCUUUAACAAAUGAGUUAUUGAUCUUAUAUCUAAUAGCAUCUUUUUAAAUAAAAUAUCUUGUAACCUUUUAAAACCUGCCCAACUACUGGCGAAAUCAUGGACCAGUAGAUUUUUUAUAUAGUAUUUUAAAAUAUAUGACGUCAAAACGGCCUUCGUAGCAUGUCGCAGAUAUAUAUCGCUUACAAGGGCCAUCUUGCAUUACUAAUAACUAUUACAAUUAUUAAUUAAUUGAGUAAAUGAUCAAUGUAUUAUAUAUUAUGAAAUUAUAAUAUUAUGUAUACUGUAUUAUACAAAAAAUGUUUACAAGACUUGCAUUACAAUAAAAAUGAUGCGUAUUUUUAA